AACCUGAGUGAAGUGUGAUAAGUUUUGUUUUUCUUUUUUUUUUUUCUCUUCCUCUUUUUAUUUUCUCUCUUAACUAACAACACAAUGUCUUAAACCCUUCUUUCUCAUUCAAACCCUCACCGCCGCCUCUCUCUUUCUUCCUCCACCUCCGACCGCCGCGACCACAUAUCGAAGAUCGUCUGCUCGUUCUAUUUGUCAACAGUUCGAGCAGUUUCUUUACCAAAUCUUCCUUCUCCCUUGUAUUUGGACAAUAAACCCUAAACCCCAAAUUCGGUUUUGAAAACACACCGGCACACCGCCUUUCGACACAGAUUUUAUUCCAAAGAUGCAGCACGAUGAAGUUAUAUGGCAAGUUAUCAGGCACAACCAUUGCAGUUUCAUGACCAAAAUUACGACGGGUAAUUUCUGUAGAAACCUUUACAACGUCACUGGAAUUUGUAACCGGAGCUCCUGCCCUUUAGCUAAUAGUCGCUAUGCCACUAUUCGUGAUGAGAAUGGAGUGUUUUACCUUUACAUGAAAACUAUUGAAAGAGCUCAUAUGCCAAAGGAUCUGUGGGAAAGAGUUAAGCUGCCUAGGAAUUACGAACAGGCACUUGAAGUCAUAGACAAACAUCUGAUGUAUUGGCCCAAGCUUCUUAUACACAAGAUAAAACAACGAUUGACCAAAAUGACUCAGAUACGGAUACGCUCGAGGAAGCUUGCUAUGAAAACAAGGGAGAAAAUAACAACAUUCCCAAGGAAAGAGAAAAAGAGAGAAGCUAGAAGAGAAGAGAAGGCCGAAAAAGCAGCUGUGCUUGAAAAGGCUAUUGAGAAAGAGCUAUUGGAACGCCUUCAAAAAGGAGUUUACCAACAAGGUGAUAUAUUCAACUAUCCUAUUGAAGCAUACAAUAAAAUACUUGAUAUGGAGAAACUUCAAGCUGUUGAUGAAGAGGAUGAAAAGGAAGAAGAAAUAGAAUACGUCGAGGGUUACGAUGAACUUGAAGAGGAAGAUGACAUAGAAGAUUUUGGUGCUUUUUCAAUUGACGAAUCACAGGGCAAUGACACCGAUGAUGAAAAUGCUGGAAGCACUGAAGAUGAAGAGGCAGAUGCACGUGAUCAAAGGAAAGCCAAAAGGAAAAUAACUUUAGCUUCAAAGAAAAUUGAAAAGGAUGCCCUUGAUUCUAAAUCAAAUAAAACGAAGGUCCUCAUUGAGGUGGAACAUGACGAUGCCGACGAAAGACAAAGAGCGGUACAGUAAUAGCAUUUAGUGUUGGCUACUGAUAGGAGAGGGAAGCUGCAAUAUGAAGAAACCUUAUUUUGAUUAUCAUUUUAAAUUAUAUACAGUUUCUUUUCUAAUUACUUUCCUUUUGGAAAGGGCAGUGUUGGCAAAAUGACUUUGGUUUUGAUCUACCUAUAGAGCUUCUCAAUCCUACUUUGUUUGAGGAUUGUAACUCAUCAAAUUUUGUAGUACGUGGAUAUUGAGGAUUAUGGAGUUCGUUGUAAUAGUUUUUAUUAUAUUUUCAAAAGUUAAGAACAUUAUACUUAUUAAUUAUUUUUCAAUUGUUUUUUGGUCA